UCUUGAAUGUUUUCGUUUAGAUCGUUCUCAGAGAAAUGCGACGACGGAAGAAGACGCUUGUAGUGGUGGUGAUACGCAGACUAUUAACAUGUGCCAUAUGUAUAAUAGCAUUACUUGGCUUUCUCACCGUACACAUCUACGUAGCUCCUCUCAACAGACUCCCUAGGCUACAUCUUAGCAAAUACACCACUCGUCAGCGAGGACACAUCAGUUACGAAAACUCCAUUACAGAACCGAGCUCGACUAGGAACCUAUCUCGUCGGGAAACGAUUGAAGAGAAUGAGAUUCAGAAUCAGAGAUUAACAUCUGAACACAUCAACAAUACACAUGAGCUAUCUCAACCUCAUUUCUUGACAAGCCCUUCCUUCGCCAAGUUGAACACUACAAGCGGGACACAAGAUUAUGACAAGCUUUGGAAACAUCCACCUAACCGCAACUUCGUCCCUUGUGUGAAUCCCAAUCCUAAUUACAUAUCUCCACUGGAGUCUAGAGGUUAUCUUCUUGUUCACACGAAUGGCGGUCUUAACCAGAUGCGUGCUGGGAUAUGUGACAUGGUAGCUAUAGCUCGUAUUAUAAAUGCCACACUUGUAGUCCCGGAGCUCGAUAAACGAUCUUUCUGGCAGGAUACUAGUAAAUUCUCGGAUGUAUUUGAUGAAGACCAUUUCAUUAAUGCUUUAUCUAAAGAUAUAAGAGUCAUCAAGAAGCUACCAAAAGGUAUUGAUGGACUUACAAAAGUGGUUAAGCAUUUCAAAAGCUACUCAGGAUUGAGAUAUUACCAAAAUGAGAUAGCUACCAUGUGGGAUGAAUACAAGGUGAUCAGAGCUGCCAAAUCCGAUUCUCGUCUAGUAAACAACGGCCUACCUCCAGAUAUUCAAAAGCUACGUUGCCGUGCUUGUUAUGAGGCUCUACGCUUCUCUACUAAAAUCAGAUCAAUGGGACAAAUUUUAGUCGAUAGGAUGAGAUCUUAUGGUCUAUACAUAGCCUUACAUUUGAGAUACGAGAAAGACAUGCUGGCUUUUAGCGGCUGCAACCACGGUUUAUCUGCUUCUGAAGCUGCUGAGCUAAGGAAGAUAAGGAAGAACACAGCGUAUUGGAAAGUUAAAGACAUUGAUGGAAAAGUACAAAGACUCAAAGGGAAUUGCCCAUUGAUAAGAACAAAGAAGAAAGACUUAAACUUUACUUAA